AUGAUAUCCAUUGUCAUCCUCUUUCACCUCUUGGGUGUCUCAUUUGCCAUCCCACUGGUCGCUCAGCGCCUGCUUUCUGCAAGCAACAGCAAUGAGGUGCUUGUGGGAUUGGUUAAUCCAAAUGUAGCUCAGGGCACUGCAAUGAACUAUUUGGUUCCUGGAGUCUUUCAGCAACAGAUGCAGCCGAAAAUACCAGGACUGUCUCAGGUUCCAUUUGGGGCACGUAUAGGUUUACCUGCACAAGUUCCAAAUCAAAUGACUUUUAAUGGGCAAAUUCAGCCAUUAAUUCCUUUUCAAAAUGAACAACAACCAAACAAAAUUCAGUUCUACUCACUGUACCCACAGAAGCCUCAGCUUCCACCAACAUCACCAAAACAAGUUGGAAAUCAACCACCAAUGGAACAGACUUUUGGCUGUCUAGUACCACAAAUUGAUGGAGAAGCAAUGCAUUUUGGAAGGAUUCCAUCUAGUGGCCUUCAACUUCCAACUAAAUCUCCUGAUGCCUUGGUUCUUGAUGGUUUCCCUACUUCAGAACCACGUAACCUAGAAGAUAAGUUAAAUCAGCCAUACCCAGAUAUGGCUAAGGAGCAACAAGUACCAUAA